ACUUUACAUACAUAUGUAUAUAUAUAUAUAUAUAUAUAAUAUUAAUAUAUAGUUGUUUCGCUUUAGUAUUAGCUGUAUGCUGCUAUUAUUUCAUUAUUUGCUGCCUUUUACAAUACAGAACAAUCAGCACGAGACACUACAGUUUUUGACAGCAACUGCCAAAAAUGUUAUCUGCAAUCGUUAAAGAACACCAAAGCAAGCAAGCUGUGAGAAAAGAAAGGCAAGAGCAAAAGCGGAAAGAUGCUGUUCAAGCUGCAAGCAAUCUGACACAAGCCCUUGUUGAUCACUUGAAUGUUGGUGUAGCUCAAGCAUAUUUAAAUCAGAAGAAGCUAGAUGCAGAAGCAAAGCAACUGCAACACAGUGCAACUAAUUUUGCUAAACAAACGCAGUUAUGGUUGAAUUUAGUAGAAUCUUUCUCAAGCUCUUUAAAAGAAAUCGGAGAUGCAGAAAAUUGGGCACGCAGUAUAGAAGGAGAUAUGAGAACAAUAGCUACAGCUUUGGAAUAUUCAUAUAAAGCUACACAAGAGAAUCAAAGUGUAGGUAAUGUUUAAAGAUAUAUGAUUAUAAGAUAUAUGAGAUAUGUGGAGC